AUGGCGUCGACGCUGCCCUAUCGACCGUCGAACGACUCUCUGUCCACCUCCAACGCUAAGACCAAUGGACUUCCUCGUCUCUCCCCCGCAGCCUCCUUCAUUGGACGGUCCCCGAGUGGCUCGCAUGCCUCUUUUCGACGCACAUCGACCGAGAAUGCGGCAGGCUAUAGGCCACGGCGGUGUAAGGCGCAAUAUCCGUUGGAUUCGCCGGAGCGCCAUGUGGAAUACAUUCUAGUAGCGUCUUUCCAUAUCGACCGGGGUCCGAUCAUGGAACACCAGUAUCCGGCGGCAAUCAGUGGCGACGAGAGUAUGCUCGCAGAGCUGAUGCUUCCGGAUCAGACCCAUGUGCGAAGUCAAGAUUGGACCAUUUUCUUCUUGCAUAAGGACACGAGCGGCGAGGAUGAGGACGAGUCAGAAGCCGGGAAGAAGAAGAAAAAGAGAAAGUCAAGGUAUCGUGCCAACGAGGAGACGGCGGGUAUGUCUGAGGAAGAUCCAGAUGAAGUCUCCGAGGAGGACAGCAGUGACGACGACGAGGGCGGGGAGGGUCCGCCCUUAAUGUAUGUGCUGAACUUGGUGAAUACCAAGCAGGAUAAUACUGUCCGACGUGGUGCCGUCGUCAAGGCCAUGGCAAUCUGUACGAGGCAUUCAUUCCUUCAUAUUUAUAAACCACUCUUGCUCUUAGCCCUGGAAGACUACUUCAAAUCACCCUACCCCGAAACGCUUGCGUCUCUCUAUGAUGCGGUGAACAACAUGGAUCUUUCGUUGAUGCCGAAGAUGUCGAUCUUGGAGCGUCACAUCUUACAAUCCAGUAACACAAAAGACAUGUUGAUCGAGAAGUUUGAACAAAUGGUUCGCCAACGAGAGGAAGAAGAGGCGGAAGACGGGGAGUGUCCUCCAUCGCCAAAGAAGACGAGCCGAUACGUUCUACCUCGGGACACACAUGAAUACGAGUCUAAAGUGGUCUAUAACGAUAUCCCCAUCCCUGUCAAAAUUCCCACAGCCAUCUGGCCCGAAACUGUUGGCGAUUUCUCUCUCGUCAAACUUGUACAGACUUUCGCUGGGCCUCAUGCCACCUCCCCGCAGCCCUUUCCGAGUCACCCUCACUUGACGACCAGCGGUCCCUUUACACACCCUAUUAUUGUCCUUAUCAACGCUAUCCUCACGCAAAAACGAGUGAUCUUCCUAGGACACAACCGGCCAUCCGGCGAGGUGGCGGAAGCUGUUCUCGCAGCUUGUGCACUUGCUUCCGGUGGAAUCCUACGCGGGUUCACUCGACACGCCUUCCCCUACACCGAUCUGACGAAGAUCGAUGAUCUCCUCAAAGUUCCCGGUUUCAUUGCCGGUGUAACGAAUCCUACCUUUGCCAAUCAUCCCGAGUGGUGGGAUGUCCUGUGUGAUCUACCGACAGGUCGCAUGAAGAUUUCAAGCCAUGUCGAACCUGCCCCGGUAACGGAAGGGCUUCUGUUCUUCCAACAGCAAAAUGCGUUGUUGCCAAAUCCAGGUUCAAACACACACCCAGAUCCUACAGGGGACAAUCUAUUCAUGGAUGACAUUCUCCGUAGUAUCACCCAGCGCCAUGGGGAGAAUGCGAUUCGGGCGAAGUGGCGCGCCUAUAUUGUCAAGUUUACUCGGGUUGCAGCGGCAUUCGAGGAAGCUGUUUAUGGCGCUUCCAACCUCUAUAUAAUUGGACCCGGUGAAGAGUUGUCACCUGACAGUCCGACGGGCCAUCAGACAGACCCAACAGACCCUACAUCUCUCAGGGGUCACGGAUACGUUUGGCCUGAUGAGGCUUCUAAGCAACGCGAGCUUUCCGCCUCCGUCUCGCGAAUUGAGGGAUGGCGGAAUACCCGUUCAUACUACUCAUAUAUCCAAGACAUUGCGGCGAUGUAUUACCCAGCAAGGCCAAUUCAGCGACCUGAUAUCCACCAUCACCAUGACCGGCUUCGGUCCCUCAAGUUGUCCCACGCCGAAGCAGGUGCCAUCUACCUCGCGCUAUCUCACGCUGUCAAGGAUUACGCUGGUAUCUGCCAACUCCUGACUGUCGCCCCUGAGAACCAGGCAGGGCUGUUCUACAUCAGCAUGGGUCUUUUCCAUCCAGACCAGGUCGUACGGGAAGCGACAGUGGAUCUCCUCGACCGGAUUGCCGUUCACCCAGUAGGGCGACAUUUCUGGACUCACCUCAGCCGCUUUGCUAAGCUGGGCUACUUCCGUGUGAAACGGGAACGUGAGGCUGCCCAAAGUCCUAUCUCGGGUGCUGGCUCUCCCACUGUCACAAAUCCCGGUACCAGCUUCGGUGGUGAGCCACAGAGCCUGGUGGGGGUUGCCCUUGGGGAUAGCUUCAAAAGAAGAAGUUAA